CGAGGCCCUACGUUUGAUAUUCGGAAGGCUGCAGUCGUCUUGCUCGACUUGCUCUCUUCUUACGUGCCUCCAAUGCCCUCCGCCGUCGUGGACCGCUGCCGUCUUGCCAAUCGCUCGUCGCCGCCAUGAUGAUGCCGCCCGCGCCCAUGACAUCGAAUUCGACUUCAAAAUCGGCGCCGACGCCGACACCUACAGCACCGACAAACUCGAAUUCGCGCAGAGUGCCACUCGACAAGCGGAAGCGCACAGAGACGUCGUGUGACAAGUGCAAGUCGCGCAAGCAGAAGUGCAGGAAAGAGCCGGGGCAAGAUGCCUGUCGAUACUGCAUCCUCCACAACAUCGAAUGCCUCACUACGCAGCCGCGCAAGAAGCGUCUCUACGGCAGUGUCGAAGGCCUGGGAAACAGAUUGGCACUGCUGGAGUCGCUGGUGAAGGGUCUGCUGCCUGAGGCUGAUGUAACUGAUUUGGACGAAUUACGACAGCUCGGCAGCUCGCUCGGCAUCUCACUGCCGGGCUCAGGCGAUGGGGAAGGAAGUAGGGAGCAGAACAGUGGCAGCGACAAGGAGGGCGAUGAGCAGAUGUCGUUGCUGCCAGACCAGCAGGGACAGGUGCAGUACAUUGGGCCUGCCAGUUCGUUCUCUUUCCAUCUGAAGCUGCGAUCGUUGAUUGGCGCAGGGGCGCUUCGCUCCUUCGUGCUGUUUGGCAGGAAUGCCGCGGACCAGGAGCCCAUUGAGCCUGGCGAUGCUCGAAGCGAUCCCCACAGCCUCUCCACCCCGAGCACAACGUCCAACGUCGAUCACAGCUCACCCACUGGUGCACGCGCCCUACUGAGUGCUCAACCGAGCGAGGUCCCUAGCCUCGAGUCACUCAUUGGGGCCUACUUUGACCACAUCAACCCAGACUUUCCUGUUCUGUACGAAGCCUCUUUUCGCGAGGCAUACGAGGGCUGGCUGCUGGAUCCAGGGAAUGCCGACCCUGCGUGGUUGUGCAGUUUUCUCUGCGUGCUGCUGUUGUCGCGUCGCGUUGCACGAAUUACUUUUCAAGAAGACCAGGAAACGCUGUGGUGGAGGAGAGCGCAGACGCUCCUGCCUGUUGUCAUGUUUACAUCCAGCAUCAUGGCCGUACAAGCCUUGUUGUUAGCCUCACUCCACCUACACAACACGAACCACCGUGACGCUUGCUGGAAUCUCACAGGCACUGCGGUGCGCAUAGCCUUCGCCAUAGGUCUGCACCAGGAUAAGGUGAAUACCAUGCAGACUCCACUUGCCAGAGAGUUGCGCAAACGGUUGUGGUGGACAUUGUACGCAUACGAGCAGAUGCAGGUCUCUUCUUAUGAUCGACCCAGUGCUAUCGAGCACCCUGGCAGUAAGAUCAGUUGUCUUAACGAGCGGCUUAUUGGCUCCGACCUACACAACCCGCCGGAGUACAGCCAAUGGUACAACCGCCUGGUAGUGCAUCUGGGCUCCGCGUGCCGUGCACCGAAGACAGUCCGAGCGAAUUCUAGCGACGAGUCCUACGUUGGGCCCUUGUCGCCUGCAGCUGGAGUACUUCGAGAUAUGGAGCGAUGGAGAGAUCUACUUCCGCAACAUCUGCGAGUGGAGGCGUUGGAGUCCAAUCCGCCUGCUUUCCAGCGACCCAUCUUGAUGCUUCAUGGCCUGUAUCACUACACCGUAAUCGUUUUGUGCCGCUCUGCUCUGCUCACACGCGCUAACAUUCUGUCCAAGGGAGGUAGGGACGCUAAGAACACAGCUCUUAUAGCCAUGGCGGAGUCGUGCUCAGAUUCUGGGCGAGCGUUAGCUCGCAUACUCCUCAAGCUUGAGGCAAUUGGGAAGUUCGAUGCCAUUACCUGGUGGGACAUCUGGUAUGCCCUGGCAUCAAGCUCGGCUCUUGUUCUCGACCUGGUUUGCUUGAACCAAAUCACUGGCACCGACAUGUCUGCGUCUCGUAUCCUGCUCUCACAACUGGCCGACCUGGCACAGCGGCACAAGCGGAAUCCACAUAUGCCUGGCACUAUCGAAAAGUUUGCUUCGAUUGUACCUGAGUUACAAUCCAUGGUCAACGCAAUGAACACUACAAGAUCAUCUGUCUCGACCGCACCCAAACCAGAGGCCACUGCCAACGUGAACCACGAAAGCUCACAGCCACCACCACAACCACAAGAAACCCUUACGUAUCCUUUCCACCAGUCUUCGACAAACAAUGGCGCAUACAUGUUUGCGGACAAUAUGCCUGGGCGGUUUUAUCCCGAACAGCAGUACUCUGGUCCAGCAUACUCCACUGCAAGAUUCGACCGCAAUACUCAGAUGAGCUUCAUGGACUUCACAAUCAAUAACAUACACGAUUGGAAUUGGGGCGAAUUGGGGAGCCUUAUGGGUAACGAGAGCGUACCGCAUGGUCAGCCUCCGCCAGGACCUUUACCACCCCCACAGCAUUGACAAGCGAUGUUUUAGCAUAUAGCGCUCAUGGAUAUGGAGUUUGGUAUGUUUCUCAACAGAUAUUACCCGUGGACUACACGUCUGCAUAUUGUUCCCCAUCAGCAAUCCAAAC